AUGCCGUUCUUCAACAAGAAUCAAAGGCUUCUUCUAGUCGCCUUUGCCGUCUUCUAUUUUCUCCUCCUUAUCUUCUGCCACUUCAAUUCCGCACGCGACCCUGGUUCGUUCUUCUUUCGCCCUGAUGAAGGCUAUCGACCGCAUUAUAGCGUCAGGAGAAUCAAAGAGUCCCUCGAUUUCGUAUCCCGUUUCAAUCAGUCCAGCACGUAUCCCGAAGCAUCCGCGAAGGCCCCCACUUCGGCUGAAGGCGGCUCGAGCAUCUGUGCCGGCAUUGUCACCGUGAAGCGGCCCUUGCAGCAGAAUCUCGACGUCACCGUUGGUUCGCUGCUUGAUGGUCUCUCGGCGAAGGAACGUGCAAACAUCGUAAUCCAUGUGCUCUUUGCGCUCAGCGCUCCUUCGGAUCACCCAGACUUUAGGCAACCAUGGACUUCCAACGUCAUAGACCGCGUUCUCACCUAUAAAGAUCUCGGCGCUGACGAGCAACAAAUGGAAGAGUGGGAGAGAAAGAAGAAUAUCAAGGAAAAGUCGCUGAUCGACUAUCAGCUGUCCCUGAGAUCAUGCUACGAGGAUACCAAGGCCCGGUGGAUCCUCCUGCUGGAAGAUGACGUGGUGGCACAACGGAGAUGGUACCGUCAUACCCUGAAGAGUCUGGAACAGGUCAAGCAAUGGUCAGAUCGCGGGACGGUCAAGGACUGGCUGUACCUGCGCCUUUUUUAUACCGAAAAAUUCCUCGGUUGGAACUCGGAGAAUUGGCCCACUUAUCUGAUCUCCAGCGUUGCGGUUGUUUCAGCUAUCGCUUUGACAGGUGUCUGUGCACGACGGCGGACACGACCCAUGCAAGGGAUAUUGACCAACACAUUCCUUGCCGUCAUCUGUCUGCUAUGCGUCCCACUUCUCAUCAGCCUGUAUUUCUUGGCCGGCCGUGCGACCGUUCUUCCGAUGCGGCCUGGGGUGCAUCUUAUGAACAGUCACGGUUGUUGCUCGCAGGCACUGCUCUUCCCUCGAGAAAAGGCUCCUUUGCUCAUCAAUCACCUGAAAGAGAUCCAGACCGUCAGACCCAAGCCGGUGGAUAGUGUCAUUGAGAUGCUCGCAGAUCAGAAAGGGUUGGACAGAUUAGUCAUAUCGCCCUCCCAGAUGCAACACGUCGGCGCGGCCUCAUACAAAGAGAACCGCCAGUCUUAUGACUGGGGCGGACCGUAUACUGUCAAGGGUGCCCAUGGCGUGUGGAGCAUGGGCUUUGAGAAGGCCUAUGAUUGA